AUGGGAGCAUACGAUGAACCUGAGCUCAAGCGUGAGAUGCUUCCACGCCACUUGCAGAUGAUUUCGGUGGCUGGAGCUUUCGGCACUGGCCUAAUCAUCUCUUCUGGAACAGCACUCCUGAGGGGAGGUCCGGCAUCAUUAUUGAUUGCCUAUACGAUUAUGGGGAUUAACGUCUACUUUAUAAUGACCGCCCUGGCAGAGAUGGCCACCUAUGCGAAGAUGGACAAAGGGUUUCCAGGUUACGCAACAAGAUUUGCAGACCCUGCAUUAGGGUUCGCAACGGGCUACAAUUACUUCUGCAAGUACGUGGUCGUGCUCGCCAACAAUCUCACAGCCGCGGGCAUCAUCAUCCAGUACUGGCGCCCGGAUCUGAAUGUUGGUAUCUGGAUCACCAUAUUUGCGAUUCCGGUCAUUGCCAUCAACUUUUUCCACGUCCGCGUCUUCGGGGAGACCCAAUACAUUGCUGGUGUGGUUAAAUUGGUCGUCAUGACCAUGCUUAUCAUCGCCUGUCUCGUGGCGUCCCUCAAACCCGUUGAAGGUCGCGGCGUGGUCGGGUUCAGGUAUUGGAAAAACCCAGGCGCUUUUGGCGAAUACCUUAGGCAUGGCGAUCCCGGACGCUUCCUCGGAUUUUGGGCCGCAUUCAUUCAAGCUGGUUUCGCUUACAUUGGAACUGAAGUUGUGGGCGCCGCCUUUGGAGAAACACCAAACAUUAAGAAAGAGGUUCCCCGGGCCAUCUUUUGGACAUUUUGGAGGAUAGUGUUCUUUUACAUCGGCGGCGUUGUGGUGCUGACCAUGUCUUGUCCGUAUCAGAACGAUAUGCUCGUGGGAGCUACUCAUUCGAAAGCGAGUGCCGCCGCCUCGCCCUUUGUCAUCGCCGUCAAACUUGCAGGAUUCAAGGUACUUCCAGACGUCAUCAACGCAACCUUGCUUGUGUUUGUGCUCAGUGCUGCAUGCUCCGAUAUAUAUGUCGCCUCGCGUACCCUUUACGCCCUAUCCAAGGAUCAUCAAGCACCUCGGAUCUUCAAGCGCACCGUCACACUGCGGAAUCCCACGCUUCGUGACCCAUUAAGCCGACGGGACAGACUCUUAAACCUGUGUGCCGGCGUGCCGCUUGCCUCGGUACUGUUUUCCUCUUCCUUCUUCCUCCUCGGAUACCUAAAUGUUUCGAAAUCAUCUUCCACCGUCUUCGGGUACUUUGUAUCACUUGUGACCGUUUUCGGGGCUUUGAAUUGGGUCAGUAUUCUUAUUUCGUACAUCUGCUUCUGCCGUGGCCUUCAGGCUCAAGGCAUACGGCGAGAGGAUCUACCGUACCGAGGCUUUCUACAGCCAUACGCCUCGUUCUUCUCCCUGGGCAUUACUUUGCUGCUCAUCCUCUUCAACGGCAAGUCCCUCCUAGUGUGUUGCCCUGCCCUCGAAAAGGCUAACCUGAACCUUGAUUCAGGCUUUGACGCUUUCAUCGACGAUUUCGACGUCUCCAAGCUUGUGACAUCAUAUGUCGGGGUCCUCAUCUUUGUGGUAAAUUUCUAUUGUUGGAAAUUCUUUGCAAAGACGACGAUGGUCAAACCACAGGAUAUGGAUUUGGUAAACAAUUGCAACCUCCAAGCAGGCACUGAACACCUCUUGCUUCGGCAGACUCCUGUAUCGAAGUGUUGA